CUUUCAUAUGCUAACUCGUCUAAUAACCCAGCUCUGUGUUAUUGUUACCCUAGCAGCUGCGUUUAGCGGACUUCGUGGUUUAGAAGGGGACUUUAUUCGAAGCCCGGUGGUUGGUAUUCUUGCUCAUCCUCCUACAAAGUACAUACCUUACCCAUACGUUCUUGAAUAUAAUGUAAAGUAUCUCGAAAGUGUUGGUAUACAAGCUGUCCCUCUUCACUAUGACGAUCCUAAUCUGAAGUCCCUUCUGGCCAAGAUAAGUGGCGUUCUCUUCACGGGGGGCAGCCUCGAUGCGGACCUUCGCUUUGGUCACCCAUACGUCGAUGCGGCCAAGAUGAUCUACGAUUAUGCUGUCGACAGGUAUGCUAACAACGACCCGUUCCCUAUUUUUGGUAUUUGUGAAGGUCAUCAGCUCCUCGCUCUUCUAGCCGCCGGAACCCACGAGGUUAUUUUAGAAAGUCAAUACACGACGAGGAAUGUCGCCCUCCCUAUCAAAUUUGUUAAAAAAGGAGGAGACAUGCUGAAGUCCUUACCUCGUCAUGUAAGAGAGAUAUUGCAGACUCAAAACGUGACUGCAAAUAUUCACUCUAACGGAGUCCCGCCGGAAAUGUGGAAGACCUACAAACAACUACGUGAACAGUUCAAGAUGACCAGCACCAGCGAGGAUCCGGUCAACCACAAAAUUUUUUCCGCCAGUAUGGAAUCGAGGGCGGGGAGGGCGCCUAUGUACAGCGUAGAAUUCCACCCAGAGAUGAUCAACUAUGUUUGGCAUCCCGCCCUAACAGGUGCUUUACCUAAGACGGCCGAAUCAGCUCUUGCUGCGAACUCAUUGGCUCUUUUUAUCGGGAAGAUUUACCGUGGCAAACCUCAUAGAUUUGAUGACCUUACCCAGCUGGCAAAGGCCUUUUUUCAUAAGGAGUCUCUCCUAUGUCCUACAGAUGCCGUUCUUGUUCAAGGCUUCUGCCACUAUAAUAUUUCAUCUCAUCAUUUGACAACCGGUUGGACACUUGUGUAAGGCAACACUCCUACUGCUAAAUCUCACUUCCCGAGUGGUAGUCGAUCACUUCUUGGAAGAGUUUUUUCGUGUCUUUGUGGUACUCUUCUGCCAUGGUGCAGUGUUCGAGGCGCAAGAAGCCGUGCCCAGAGCCGAAAAGAGUCAGUACGCUCUUGAGAGCAAAUGUAGAAUACAUAGCCGAUCAAUUCUUGU